AGUUCAGUGCGGAAACGAGCCGAAGAAAUGGCAGUUUCAGAGGUGCAGAGUCGGAUUUCUUCGAGUGAGAUACGAAUCCAAAACAAAGAAAACGAAGAAAUUAUUAUAUCAGAAGCUCAGUUAAAUAAAGUCCUGAACAGGCAAUUGGAACUUCAUAUUAUAUAUUUUGAAAAUUCAAAAGUACUGUUUAUGCCUUAUCCAAUCGAGAUCAUCAAAUUAUUCGUUACUUAUGUACAGACGGAAGAUCCCGGAUUGACCUCUAUUAAACACGCUUUCGAUCUGUAUCAUCUAACUUUAAGAUACGAGUUAGACCAUUUAAGAAAAAAGUGCAGGUCAUUUAUCAUUCGGAAAAUAAAACUGGAUACCGUGUGUGCAAUCCACGAUUUUGCAUGUGAGAUCAGUGAUCUGUUCAUAAUUUAUUUUUGCUGGGUAGCUUUCAACCAACACGGAGGAAAACUAUUUACAACAGUCGACUUUAUGUGCUGUAAAAUUGCAACAAUUGAUAGACUACUAUCUCGAGCGAUAUAUGAAUCAGUCAGUGAAUUGCGUUUACUCGGAGCCGUGUAUCAGUGGAGCAUAGAGGAAGUUAAAAGAAUAUUAGGUGCAGUCAACUUUCAUUCGAUGAAUGAAGAGUCGAAAAGAAAUGAAAUAAGAAAUGUCAUGAAGCCAUUUAUUGGAAAAGUCAGAUUUCUUGCCAUGAAUGAAGACGAAUUGCAAUCUUGUGUUUUUACAAUGAACUUGUUAAACGAAGUAGAAAAGAAUCAUAUCUGGCGUGCUUUUAAGACUGCUAAUUAUUCCUUUUAUCCCAGUUACUUCAGUCGAGAAACAAAAACAAGAAGCGGAAUAAAUUAUCUUAAUUUGUUCUCCUACAUAAAUCGUGGAGAUCCUUUUAGGGUCGCAAACGGCAAGAUGAAAGGUUACAUAUAUUUUAGCAGCGAAGUAGUUGUGAGAGAAGAUUGUUACGUCACGGCUCUUCGAUUUCCGGUGAAGCUUGGCGAAAGUUUUCCAAUGUGCGUAAAUGCAUAUAUUAACAAUUUGGACAACGAGUAUUUUACAUUUGAAUCUGUUUGCAAUCCAGAAGGAGUAGCAAAUCUGCUAACGAAGUUGUAUCUAAAAAAACAUUGGUCAAUUCGUUUCUUUGCUUUUUUUUACCGCGCUGAAUAUGUCCAACCCGAUAUCGAGUUUUCACCUGAACUGAGUUACUUUGUGAGCGACGAAGGAACAGAUGCCAGGAAAUUUGAAGAGAAAAUUCUAAUCGGUGACAGAAACCUUAUGAAUAAUAUUUACUUUUCGGUUGAUUUAUAUUUUUAAAGUUAAAAGUUUCUCUGAAAAAAAGCAAAAUCUGAACGAGAAUAUGAUUAUUUUUUACUGUAUCACUAAAAUUUCUGCAAAAUGUGUGUGUACGUAAAUAGAACAACGAAUUACAGAAAACAAAAUUUAAAGUGUUUAUUAAUGAAACUUUUUUUUCAGAAAAGUAUAUUGUCAUUAGUUGAGUUGUUUAUAAUACAAUAUUUAGUAUUUACAAAUAUAUCAUCAUUAAGAACGUUUGUAAUUGUCAGCAUUUUAAUGAUAAUUAUGUUCGUUAUUUUUAUUUUUUAUUGCAGUAGAUGUUCGAAAAACAAAUAUAAUUGCAAUCUUACAGUAUUAAUUUUUUUCUUCGUGUUAAUGACGAUAGAAAUAUCAAAAGUUAAGAAGAAUUUUCGUAUAAAUGUAAGAGCUAUUCGAUAUCCACAUUUGAUUAAACAAAAAUAAA